AUGAAGAGCAGAAUCAGAGACCUCGAAGAGCAGCUGUCUAGAGCAAAUCAGAUGCCUAUCCAUUCCUCUGUUCAGGCCCAGACUCAGGAUUUAGGGGCAACUCAUCCACAUGCGGGCGAAACUUUGGGCGAUGUUGAUAGUCGCUUAUUCGGGGAAACCCAGGUCAUCACUCGCAGUGUCAUACACAAGUCCCGCAUGUUUGGUCAAAGUCAUUGGAUAAAUGGUGUGAUUGGUAUAUGUCGAGACGUCUUUCAGAUGAUUGAGCCCCAUAGUUGCAAAGCUGUAGCAAGAGUUAUCAAGUCGCGGCGGACACCUCCGUGGCCCACACCACCAACAGGUCCUUUACCUUCAAAGGAUGUGACCGAUGAACUCGUUGACUGUUACCUUAGGACAUUCGAAACCGUUUACCGUGUGCUCCAUAUCCCCACCUUUCGGAGGGACUAUGACGCACUCUGGGUAUCGGAUACGGCGCCCGAUGUGGCGUUUAUGGUCCAGGUCAAGUUAGUGCUUGCCAUUGGGGCUGUUACUUACGAUGAAAAGUUCUCCCUACGAGCGUCCGCCAUCCGAUGGAUCUAUGAGGCGCAGACUUGGCUUUCAGAGCCGGUCUUUAAGUCCCGUCGGAGCAUUCCGUUUUUGCAGAACAAUAUCCUCCUUUUGAUUGCUCGCGAACUCGUAAAUGUGGGUGGCGACACGAUCUGGACAUCAGCAGGGACGCUGCUUAGAACUGCUGUGUAUUGGGGUCUUCAUAGAGACCCAGCGGUCCAUCUAUCGAAGAGGACGACAAUAUUUGUCGUCGAGAUGCGCCGGCGCCUGUGGAAUACUAUCCUAGAAAUAGCUGUGCAUUCGAGUAUAGCGUCGGGUGCGCCUCCAUUCAUUUCCAUGGAUGACUUUGACACUGCACCUCCCGAGAAUUACGAUGACGACCAGCUCAUGGCCGACGCCCCCAUGCCAAAGCCAGAAAACGUGCUGACUCAAGUGUCCGUCGUGAUAGCUCUCCGUAAAACCUUUCCACUCCGUCUUGCAAUCACCAAAUUCUUGAAUGAUAUCGGCUCGAGGAGUACAUAUGAAAAAACGCUGCAACUGGAUGCGGAGUUCAGGAUGUCGUACAAAACCCUAUGUCGGACCGUUCAGAGACACAGUGCGGGCACGGGAUUUGUAUUCAAUCAGUGCGCAAUGUGCAUGGUGGAUUGUCUUAUGCUCCGCUAUCUCUUGUCUCUUCACGUCCCGUUCUUUGCUAUGGCGCCGCAGGAAACGGCCUACGCAUUUUCCCGCAAGGUAGUCGUUGAGACAUCGCUCAGAAUUUGGUGUGGAGUACACCCAUCUUCGUCCAUCAUGGCGAGCCACGAUGCGUCUGCGACAGGUCGCAAUGAUUUUGAGAGACUCGCAAUCUGUGGAACUGGAUUCUUUCGUACCGUUGCCAUGCAGGCUAGUUUUGUCAUUGCGUCCGAACUGAGCGCCCAGUUACAAGAGGAAGAAAGCCUAGGCCCCGUCCCUUUACGGGCAGAUCUGCUUUCAGUUAUAGAGGAUGCCAAAGAAUGGGUCUUUCGAUCUAUUGAAGCCGGAGAGACCAACAUAAAAGGCUUCUUGCUCAUAAAUCUUAUUGCGGUAAAAAUUGACGGACUCAGACGAGGCUAUACGAACGAACAGCUGUCCGGGAUAUUGGUUAGGACCGCAGAAGAUGUUGAAGCAAGAUGCUUGCGUAUUCUCGAAGACAUGGCAGGUCAGACAGAGGGCAUGGUAGCCGGACUUGACCAAACCGGCCUAAACAUAACCCCAGAAUCGCUGGACGACUGGGACCAAAUGAUGACUAAUGUCCUACUGAAUCAAAGCACUGCGGAGCCCAUGAACUGGGUGUUCGACGAAAUUCCCAUGGUGCCGUUGCUUUAA